AGGGGCCAGGGGUGGCAAACGGUUCCGUGUCUGUUGUGUUAUUCUCAUUUCUUAUGCCUAAGGUGUCAGUGCAUUCAGGAGAAAACAGGGAGCAUCUGCUUCAUUUUGUUAUCAUUUCUUUGGAUACUAAAAGAAGAGAGUCUUCCAAGUGAGUAUUGUCCCUGAAGGGAAGAAAACGUAGGGAGGCUGCAGCCUUCAACUUCCAGGCUGUGCAGCUGUUGCAGAAAAUAUCUAUAUAUAUAUUUUUUCCCCUGAGUAAUGAAAAGAGAUUUUGUAGGGGAAGAAAGAGCUCCCCUCAAGUUUAUGUUUUUAUUUUUUUCAACUCUUUUCCAUUUCAGGAUCUCGUGAUCUUGUUUUCAUAUCUGAAACUCAUUGCAUGGCCGAGAUAGAGCUGGAAUUUUGCGCAGCAUAAUAUACCUGCUUGAGAACUGCUGCUUGUAAAGAGAGCUUUCAGGUUGGGAGUUUCUUCUUCCAUUUCCCUCUUCUUGCCGUGGUUGCUUUGGAGGAGCAAGAGCGGAGCGGCUCAGCACCAUUUUGACCCUUUCGUUUUCCUAGUGAGAAGGGAAUGGCUGCACCACGACCCAGGAGGGCCAAGGUGGUCAGUGGAGCCCCAGGAACGCGAGGAGGCGACAGGAUGCCGCGUCUGCCAGGAUUUCAGGAGGAUUGAUCCAUCCACAAGUGGAUUACAGAUCAUUAACGCAGCCCACUGAAGAGCAGCACCAAAAACAUCCCCACCCAGGGAAGCAAUUGCUACUACGGACACACUUUAUUCUGCGUAUUGAGAAAAACUUCUCCCUCAUUUCAUUCCUGAAAUUCUACUUGCUACGUGGCCAUGACGGGGCCGCUGAGCUUCUGGCUGAGGUCAGGCCCACGUCUCUUUGGUACCACGAGGUCAGGCACUUCAGGGAGCUGCAGCUCCAAUUGACAGUUAAGCAAAAUAUUCCAUUUUCCUCGCCAGCUGGAUCAACCCCUUGUUUUCAGCUCAUUUGCUAUUCAGCAGAGCGUGGAUUUUUCUAGGAACAUCAGCAGAUGCUGAUCACGAGGGGCUGUGUGAUAGAAAGUGGGAGGAUGCUUGGGGAAUACAGAACAGUUUUAUUCUCCGCCUCCCUGGGGAAUGUUGCUCCUUGAUACAGCAGAUCAAAUCCUUUUUAGUCCAUGACCCACUGAAAAAGUCCCAAGUUUUAACUGCCGUUCCCACAGGAACCACACAAAAAGGUUGGGUGGUUGUUUUUGCUCUUCCCCCCAAGUUGUGAGACGCAGGGAUAAAUAUGUGAGUGCUUUUUAAAAUAGGAGCUAUAUGGGGAUUUGCUAAUUCUUUUCGCAUGGGCCACCAAGGAGCCAAUAUGUGGUAAAUCACAUUCAGCUGCGUGUGCUCCCUCCCCUGCCCGCGCUGGGGUUGGACCGGUGCCUGAGGGAUGGGACGCGGAUGCCGUGAGCCAUUGGACACCAUCACAUCUUGGGUCCUUAUUCUUCUCCACCUCCAUAUAGAACUCCCAGUUCAUGACGGGGAAGCUAAUGAGAGCGGUUUGUUCCAGUGCUGAAUAAUAUGCACUUAAUCCAUGAUUAAUUAAGAGGUUUUGUGAGAGGUGAGGUUUAUUUGGGGUGUUCAGACAGCUGCAGUUCCAGCACGAAUGGUUGUUCUCUGCAUAGUGCCUCCUAGCAUGAGAUAUGAUGUGGUACAUAUAGAUAUGUUGUAAUAGAUUGUUCUUGCAUCAUCCUGGGGACUUGAACGAAGCAGUGCCAAUGGGAUUCCUGGCCCAUGCACCAGGGCCAACUUUCCUUUUAAAUGUGGCAAAUGAGAACCAUUUAGAAAUAGUGCUAAAGUAACAUUUAGUGUUAGCAAUGCUGAAUGAAGGGGAGGAGAGAAAUGCUAAGAAUAAUCCACGGAAGUGAGAAAGUAUUUAUUUUGAGCUAAAACUCGCCCUUGGGAAGGUGGCCAUAUGUUGUGUUUGAUAUGUCAGCCCCACUUUAAACGUUUCGGCAAUUAAGACUGAAAAUAGCAAAGCAAGACUGAGGUGAUUUAACAAGGAAAGUGCAUAGUGUUGUGCAAAUGAUCCAGUCCUUUAUGUUCUCCAGAGCCUCUAGGCGACUCUUGGCGGAUUUUAUACAACAUUCAUUCUCUCCUGACAGCUGUUUAGAGCUUUUCAUGUGACAUUUAUUGCGUGCAGGGAUCUUGGGAUGUGCAUCCGUGUUUGCUUAGAAAUCCCAGCUCCCCACAAUGAUAUCCAGGUCGCUGCUGCCGACAGGGUGAGGACAAAGCAGAGUCGGUUCUGUUCCCUGCCCUCCUUUCCAAUUCCCCGUUACACCAGAUGGAUUCCCUCAAAGUGUAAUGUGUUCCAUUGCUUUGAGACGCUGUGCAGAAACCAGAGCCAGGAAUGCUUUUCUGUCCAAAUAUAGUCAGGAUGACAGUUCUUGCCUGUACUCCAAACCAAAUAUCCGCACUCGAGAAGCUGAGACCUCUAAAAUUCAUCCGAACUCUGAAGUCGCAGCAGCAGUUUCUGCACUUGCAGAAAAGGUGUCGUUUGAGGGGCUCAGGCUGCCAGAUAGAGCAGGGAGAAUAUGUUCAGGUGUUGGAGAAGACAGAGAUAAAUCUCUAGAGUUCUGAGUAACCUCUUUCCCUUGGCGCAGGCAAAGGGGACUCUGGGACUUGUCUGAAGUGUCUGAACGAGGCUUAAAUUCUGACAAGUGCUGUAGAUUUGAGGCCACCGAAGGCUGCAUUUGAGAGUCUUUUAGGCACAAUUAUGUCUUGGCAAAGCCAGGAUGUUCUUAACCCGGGGCAGGAAACAGGGAUGAAAUGUCAACAGAUGUGCACUCUGGUUCUAAUAAUCCUUAAGAUGCCUACAGAAGGGAGCUGUGCUUCAAAUUCAACAACUACAGUAUUAACGAAUUAAGUCUAAACCUGCAGUUUUGCUUUUCUACCAGCAGCGGCACUGAGGGUCGUGCACUGAAGAACCCAGAUGCACGGUGACUUUAUCAGAAGCAUCGUUAGCGAGCACAGCGUGGAGUUCAUGUGUCUCCUCAGCUCUGCGAGUUGCAUCUCUAAGUUCUGAAUAUCUCAGCAGAAGAGCUUUCCCCAUCUGACUCUCAUUGCCAUAAUGACUGAGGUUUAUCUUGGCUUUACUGCUGAGCUGGUUUCUGAGCAAAUAUUUGGCUUAAGUUCUAGAAGUUUUGAAAGCGUUCUGCAGCCAGUUUGGUGAAGUUGGACGCACAGACACUGGAUUUGCUGGGGAUGGGCACAGCGCAUUCCCAGAGCUUCCCCAGCGGGACAGCGAGCUAUGUGCUUUCCAAGAAACCCAGCUCUCGCUUCUGAUCCAUCGAGGUGUAACCUGCUACCUCCCCAGGGAAGUGGGAUCCCAAAUGUCACAGGGGUCCUGAACCAUCUCCGCAGCACGUGGCGCAAGAAAAUAAAUGGUUAAUGUACAGUCUGAGCUCUGUCCCACUUCAGAAUAUUUCAGUAACUCAUGGGAGAAGCCUUGGCUGCAUGAAUAAGUAUUCAGAAACAAUGAGAUCCUCAAGAAUGCCCGUUUACUGAAGCUCCAGAUAUUGUUUGCUGGCAGAGUUCUUCUUUAGAGCCAGUGCUGCUUUCCUGGGAGCUGCUUGGCAAACAGGGAGAUCGCGGAGUUGCUUUGCCUGCCUGCUCAGAGCUGUUUGGCCGAGGACACCCCGGAUCAGGAGUACCCAGCACUCGGUGACGGGGCGGAAAAGUGCAGCUGUUUCUGAAAACCUGAGGAUUUCUGAGGCGACAUGGACCAAGCAGAACAGUUUUGUGCAGGCAGAAGGAAGAGCUUCCUCUCGGCUGACAAGAAGAGGAGCAAUGGCUGUAGAGCCAUGGUGGGGGUUUUCUGCAUUGUCCCUGCGGUGGCUUUGCUGGCUGUUGUGGGAGACCCAGCCGGAGCUGCAGUUCAGGAGAGUCAGGAAGAUGCCGCAUCCCCUGGUGUUCAUGGAGCGAGCGCCUCUGCUUUGCACAGCCCGGCUUUCCCACCUCAGCCUCCGGGACGCAGAAAACGAUACACGAUCACCCCCGGGCAGCUGAAAUGGGACCACUUCAACCUGACGUACAAGAUCUUGUCCUUCCCCAGAAACCUCAUCAGCGCCAGGGACACGCGCAGGGGCCUGGCGGCCGCCUUCCGCAUGUGGAGCGAAGUCUCGCCCUUCAGCUUCAGAGAAGUGCCGCGCCACGCCGCCAGCGACCUGAAAAUAGGCUUCUACUCGAUCAACCACACGGACUGUCUGGAGUCGCUGAUCCACCACUGCUUCGACGGCCCCACCGGGGAGCUCGCCCACGCCUUCUUCCCGCCCCACGGGGAAAUCCACUUCGAUGACCACGAGUACUGGAUCCUGGGGAACACGCGGUUCAGCUGGAAGAAAGGCGUCUGGCUCACCGACCUGGUCCACGUCGCGGCUCACGAAAUCGGACACGCCUUGGGGCUCAUGCACUCGCUGAACCCCAGCGCCCUCAUGCACAUCAACGCCACCCUGACCGGGAAAAAGACCAUUUCUCAGGAUGAGGUCUGGGGAAUCCACCGGCUGUACGGAUGUAAAGACAGAUUAUUCAUGUGCCCAUCAUGGGCGCAAAAAGGUUUCUGUGAGAAACGCAAGAAGCUGAUGAAAAAGCACUGUCCGUCUACCUGUGACUUCUGUUACGAAUUCCCCUUUCCAACGGUCCCCCCUACGCUGCCCCCGCCAAGGACAAAAACCAAGACGGUGUCUGAAGGCAGGAACGUCACCUUCCGCUGCGGCCAGAAGAUCAUUCAUAAAAAAGGCAAAGUUUACUGGUACAAAGAUAAGGAGCUGCUGGAAUACUCAUAUCCAGGUUACUUAUCCUUGAAUGAAGAUCACAUGAGCAUCAUUGCAAAUGCAAUUAAUGAAGGAACUUACACUUGUAUAGUAAAGAAAAAAGAAAGAAUCCUGACUACUUACUCCUGGCGAAUCAGACUGAAGCACUAACAAAGGCCCUGGAAUGAGCACUCGAUCACUGCCGCUUGUUGCAAAUUCAAAACGUUUCCUUGGCAUAAGGGACUCUGAGACUUGAUUACUGGAACAUAAAACUUGUAUCAAGUAUGUGCUAUACAGAGAAUUAAAAAAAAACAUGUUAAAGUGUCAGAUUUUGCAGUUAAACUCUGUGGAUCAGCAUGGACUGCUGGAAACAGAACAGAACUCCUCAAACAAAGGGAUGAACAGCUGAUGCUGCAGCGGAGGGGUGUGCAAGGAAGGUGAGCGGUUAUAUCUGUGAGUGUUUUGCUGACAUUUUUUUAGAUCCUGGUGCAAAGCAGUAGAAGAACUUAGGAAAACAGUGUAAGACCUAGUAUUGCUUUUUCUUUAGUUGUCAGAAGGAGGAUGUAUGGUCACAACAAACCUUUUCUAAUGACUGCAUUCUGCAUUUCAACGUGUUCAGUUUAAGCAUGCCCAUGACAUCUUUCAGCAGCUUUCCUGGGGUUUGUAUUUAUGACUCACAUAUUCUUACCCCAAUAGACUCCUGACCUCCAGCUGCAGCUCCUCACAUCUUGGCAUUUGCUGUCUGAUCUCAGCUCCUUUGCCAGAGAUGAGGUAAUUUCAUCCCUGUCCCCCAUGGGAUGAGGUAAAUGUGCCAUGUCCAACAGGAAAAUAGCACUAGUAUCGAUGGCAAAGCCUUGUGCACUCCAGCAUUUGUUUGUAUAGUCAGGAAUUGUGCUAAAAUCAUGGACACUUCACUUACCAGACCAGUGAGAGCUGGUUCUCCUUCAGUACAAGGCGAGCGGUCAGGCCUGACCAGAAACAGUUCUGCAUUCCUGCCCAGGGACAAAAAAAAGCCACAAUGCUGCUGGUCUCAAAAUCUACCACAGUUCUGGUACAUCCCAAUUCCAGUUCCAAGGCCUUUACCCAGAAAAACUCUUAAAAUGUGCUGAAACUGAUAGAAUGUUUAUAAUUGAAGUUAAUCCUUUGACUGGACUGGUGCCCAGUUCUGAUUGCACCAAUACCCCGGUAUUUUCCAAAUCCUCCUGUUCCCAGAAGAGAGCGAUUGCCUUAGAAAACAGAGACUUCAAAGGAUGUGAAAUUCCAGCACAGCUCCUCUGGUCUUUCAUCUUGGGAGAAAGGACUGGAACAUGGUAUUAAACCAUCAGCUUUGCUAAGCUCUUCUUGGUCUGGAAAAGGAAUAUUUAAAAGAACUUUCUAUGGAAAAUAGAGUUUCAAUUCUCCAUAUUACAUCUUUUUGGUUUAUAAAGCAAUAGAUUAAUUCUGCACCGGUGCCAUUGUAAAUACAUGUUUACAACACAAACAGGGUUUGGCUCAGCAGUGCACCCAGAAAUAGUGUGAGUACUGAGCCCAACCCAGCCUCGCUGGAAAGGAAACCUCAGAACUGUUAUGGCUUUUUGCCCUGACUAUUCAGACACAUACAAUUUACUUUAAAUAAAUUGAAAAUAAACCCCAGAAGUUGUUUGCUCAGGCUGACUAUCUUCUGUAGUAGCAUUAGCACAGAUUUGAGGGUAGUGGGGGAAUAAGUUCCCCCUCUAACAACCUCACCAACAUCCAAGUUUGCUGCAUGUGAUGAACUGAAAUCCUGCACACUUAAACAAUUAAAAACGUAUUUUAAUUCUACAAAUGUACAAGGAAAAACAAAAACAAAACAAACCCAACAAAACAAAAAAACUUAAAAAUAAACCAGAAGCUGUUCCAGGAUUGUACUUCAAGUUUUCCUUUGUCGGAUUUGGUAACGAUCCUUGGCUUCUCAGGUUCAUUCCAGUCCGCUAAUGGAAUGCAGAAGUUACGACUCCACACCCAGCAAGAGCCUUUGAAUCUGUGAUGACAUUGGACUUUUCUUCACACAUGAAAAACAUCGAGUGUCCCCGACGCGAAGAACAGAACUGUGGCGCUCACAAAUCCACUCACGGGAAUGGGGCUUUUUAUUCUUCUCCCCCUUCCUUCAUGUUGAGUUUAAAACUUGAGGCUGAACCCGGGUCCUGCAGCAGACGCUCCUUGAUUUGUGGUGGUCAGAUGAAAACCUGUGUCUUUGAGAUCAUCAUCACCCUGUCAAAACCAAGCACAAUUCAUUUGUCAGUACGUGCGCGGAUGCAUUUACCAACACCAAAAUCUCAACAACAAACUUAGCAGGCUCUGGAUUUUUUUACAAAAAAUAACUUUGCAGCUUUGAAAGUUUAGUUGAAAGUGUGAAACAAUGUACAAAGAAAAAUUGUCCUGCGCUGUGAUAAAACCAGGCAUCAUUUCUUUCUCAGAUUACGUACUGAAAUUCUGAUUCUGUGACCACAACAGCAACUGGCCGUGCCCUUUGAAAAGAGAGAGGGACCGCUGGGCUUUAUCGUGUCUUUUUCACGCAAGUACAGGGGAGUCACGGGAUCCCAACCCCCAGAAGGCUCAGCAAACGCUGCCCACACGAACUCUUCCAAAAUGGGGAUUUGGACAUGUCUGAGGACCUGAGGACUCUGGUUGUCAGGACCCGCUCCACUCACCAGCUGGCUGUAGCCAAGCCCCCCCUCGGGCGGCCGGGGGCUCGUGCCGCGUUUCACCCUUUGCUGUUCGCUUUUUGCUGGCCAGGUGGGGAACAUGGAGGGGUCGAUAGGAAGGGGAGUCUCUCGGAAAUACUCGUGCUUCAAACCGUCUUCGGCAGUGAUCCUUCUGGCUGGGUAGUAUGUCAAGAAGCUGAAAAGAAUUUAGGAAGACGAUGAAAUAGGGAAGAAAAGAGGGGCAAAAAGAAGAAAAAAAUUAGCCCAAAAGUUAUACAUUCUUCAGAAACGCGACUUAGAAUUUUCUGAUUUUUAUCAAAAUCUAGGAAAGAAACAAGAUUGCUACUACUAAACCAUUUCUCUGUUCUUCUAGGAUAUAGGUACAACAAUAAUCUCAGACUGAGGUUUAGCAGCAGGUGCUGAGAGCACAAUGUGAGCAACAGCACUGCAAGGAAUGCUAAGGUUAAAUGCACUGCAUUCCAGGCUCCACCACGAGUCCUGUCCCCACAUGGGAUCACGUUUUCCCAAGGACGCAGCUCCAGCACUUACUUGUUCAUCAGAUCGAAGCCCUGGUCCGAGAGCAGCGCCCCGAACCUCUUGCGGAGGUUGUUGUAGGGAUAUUCCGUGAACGUCAUCUUCUUCACUGCCGGCAGCUCGUUGUAACCUGGCCAGAUUUUUUCACUUGGAGUACCCAGAUCCUGUAAAUUAAAAUAUCUCCUCAAUAAACUCAUUCUAGAGUGCA